AAACGACGUAGCCGCGAAUUUUAAUUUCAACCGUCAAACGGCGCGUCAUGUCACAGCCCGAAAAUAGAACGCAGCAAACGGUGACUCCAUAACGCUCGUGAUAACAACUUUUUUUUUGGCGAAAAAAUCGGACAGCAAAGAUGGAAUCUAGAAUACCAAAACCGUCCUUUCUGCGUAAGCCCGUUGCCAGCGGUCCACCCAGUUUGCCCAGCAACGCCCGGUUACCGUUGAGCAGAGAUCUGCUCAAUUUACCACAAACAACGGGUUCGACAACGUUUGGUUUGUUCAAAGCGCGUGCCCCUUCGCCAGAGCAACGUUUUGGAGUCGGCGGAGCGGGCCGAUCGGAAAUCAAUCGAACUAAACUGCGGCGCAGCCGUUCGGCAUGCGAUCUGACCCGGAAGGACUUCCAUCGGCCAAAACACGUACCGUCGCUCUCGAAACCACCGACCAAGAUCAAUGCCACGACUGUCGCACUCAUGGCCAGCAGCGAUCUGUUGCGUCCGGUCAGUGCGAACACCAACCAGCAAAGCCGUGGUGAAGGGCUGAUGCGAAGGAGCCGAUCCUUCGGUGAUCUGGCAAUGAAAUCGAAUGUGUCCAGCACAUCCACGACGUCUUCGAGUAGCAUCACCUCGAGCCAUUUCAAGCGUCCCCCGACCGCGUCCAACGGUAGCUCCGGUGUUCCAGCAAAAAUGCCCAAGAUGACCACGGGGUCCGUUGCCUCACAUGCCGGGUUGUUUAAAUCAACUGGCCAGAAGAGCGUAGCGAAACCUGCUGGAGCAGUUGGCGCAGCUGCUGCUCCGCUGCGAAAGGCACCCCCCGUCUCCAAAGUGGCCAGUACGAUCAACAGGACGGCCGGUACGGGUAAAAAUGGUCCAACGGCUUCGAACGGACCGAAGAUAGUAAAUGGGGGUACGACGAGCGGCGUUGCAAAACAGGGAGUGGCCAAAUCAAUGAACAAACGAAUUCCACCCUAUGACUUCAAGGCUCGAUUCGCUCACCUGCAGGAGAAGCACAAGGCGUUGCUGGAAAAGUAUGAGAAGAUAUGCAAAGAAUACGCAAGCCACGAAUCGCUGCAGGAUAUGUACGACGAGUGUUUCCAGGAGAUGAACGAGCUGAAGCAACAACGCGAGCAGCUAGUGUGCGAGCUGAGCGGUACACGCGACGAAAAGCGUUCACUGGAGGAAUCAAAUGCACAGCUUACCGCAGCUCUAGAGCGAUCGGAAUCUGAUCUUAAACUGUAUCACGAUAAAUACACGGCGGUCAGUAAGGAGAAUGUUGAGCUAAAGCGACAACUAGCGGAGCUGAAAGAACGCUCAAACUUCUUAGAGACCAAGAGCAUGGCCCUCGAAGAAACGAACGAUCGGAACGCGGAACUACUGUUCCAGGCAAACAUUGAGCGUAAGGAUCUGCACAACAUGGUCAUGGAUUUGCGGGGCAACAUUCGGGUGUUUUGUCGCGUGCGGCCACCACUGUUACCGUCGGAGGAGCAACGGAUCGAGUGUGGCUGGAAGUAUCUGGACGAGCAGUCGCUCGAGCUAUUGGCCAUGGAUGGUACCGGCAAACGGCACGAGUUCAGCUUUGAUCACGUGUUCCACGCACAUACCCGGCAGGAAGAUAUCUUCGAAAACGUGUCUCCUCUCAUCCAGUCCGCCCUCGAUGGUUACAAUGUGUGCAUCUUUGCGUACGGCCAGACGGGAAGUGGCAAAACCUACACCAUGGAUGGUGUGCCCGACAAUCUGGGUGUCAUUCCGCGUACGGUGGAUCUGAUCUUCAGUGCAAUCAACGACUAUAAGCGCUUUGGCUGGGAGUAUGAGAUCCGAGUAAACUUCCUGGAAAUCUACAACGAGGUACUGUACGAUCUGCUGGACACGACCGGCACGACGAAGGACCUGGAGAUUAAGAUGGUGAGCGCCAAGAACAAAACCGAGGUGUACGUGUCGAACAUCAUCGAGGAAACGGUCGAAACGCCGGCUCGACUCCAUCAGCUGAUGAGCAUCGCCAAGAUGAACCGUGCAACGGCAGCCACUGCCGGCAACGAGCGAUCGUCGCGGUCGCACGCCGUCACCAAGAUCACGCUCAUCGGUACGCACCGGGAGAAGGGCGAGACGUGCGUGGGCUCGGUGAAUCUGGUCGAUUUGGCCGGUUCCGAGAGCCCCAAGACAAGCACGCGGAUGGACGAGACGAAGAACAUCAACCGCUCGCUGAGCGAGCUCAGCAACGUCAUACUUGCGCUCGUGCAGCGUCACGAUCACGUACCAUACCGCAACUCAAAGCUCACGCACCUGCUGAUGCCGAGUCUGGGCGGCAACUCGAAGACGCUGAUGUUCGUGAAUGUGGCCCCGUUCCAGGAUUGCUUCACCGAAACGGUCAAAUCGUUGCGCUUUGCGUCGCAGGUUAACUCCUGCAAAAUGCAAAAAGUGCGCAAAAACAAGGUUCUCAGCAUUGUGUAAUUACUGCAGCAUGCUGACGAUCGACACUUCAAUCACGCCACCUACAACUCAGAGAGUCCUAGCCCCUUCGGGUAGUAGUAGUCAGGCGUCCGUUCUAUUACUUUUUAUUAAUAUAAUUAUUAGUGCAGACUUUUGUUGCGUGAGGCGCGCCUAGGGUAAAUUUGUUUUUCUAUUCCAACCAUAAUUGAUUCAUAUGUGCAGGGUGGGAGGGGUCGGUCCUGUACCCUUCCCUGCUGCGAUCGACGAUCCCGACAGGUGGUCUUGUGUGACUAUGUCGCUUUAACUGUAAACUGUCGUACAAUAAAGAUUAUAAGGUUUUACUAUCAAUCAUGCCUGCAUGGCCACCACUUUGCACUCUGUUGCCUUAACAGUAUAACUCGAUUUCUUCAAAUACAUGCAACGCCGUAUUGAGUACCAUCAGUAUAAGCGAGAGGUCAAUACCUACGGCGAUCCAAUCAAGGAUCUCUUUACGAUUACUAUGAUAACGAACUUUACGAUUAAAUAUGAUGCACAGCGAGACUGCAAUCCGUACGGUAAGCAUUAUCGCCGAGAGCAACACGCCGACGACGAGAAACACAUGCCUUGGUCCGGAAAAAGCCCACGCAGGUGAACGGUUUCCGACCCGGUAGUAGUUGUACGCCUGAGCCAGAUUAAUCAUCAGCAUCGUA